AUGGUCGCCUUCACAUUUGCCUUCACCGCCCUCGUCGGCGCUGCUGCUGCCACUUCCAACGGCCCCUGGUCGAGUCACAGCUCCUGGGGUACAGCAGCCUCCAGCGAUUCCAUCACUUCUACCCCCAGCGCCUCUAAGAGCAGCGCCAUCCCAUCCGGCACUGGCUCCCUUAUUCCUAGCGGCACUGGCGGUAUCUUUCCCAGUGGAUCUGGCUCAAUCACUCCCAGUGGCACUGGUGGCAUCAUCCCUAGCAACACUAAAUCAAACAUCCCCAGCGGCACUGGCUCCGUCAUUCCCAGCGUCACCGGCGGUCGCAAUACUACCGAGACUGCCACUAUGACGACCUUUACCACCGUCACUACUUGCCCUGUUACCCAGACGACUUCGGAUCACGGAUCUACCUUCAUCACUACUACAUUGACUACUUCGACCAUAACCGUCACCUCUUGCAAGGCAGGCUGCAACCAUUUGUCGACUGUUGUCCCUCCCAUCUCGACUGGUGCCCCGAACUCGAGCUAUGUCCCGCCCACCAGCAAGCCAACCGGCUCCAUGAACAGCACUUAUGUUCCCUCUGGCAAGCCUACCACCAAGCCGACUGACAAGCCUACGACCCUGCCUACGGACAAGCCCACCACCAAGCCAACCAAUCAACCCACCGGCAAGCCCUCGUCUACUACCGAGUACGCCCCCGGUACCACUGCUGUCGUCACUACCAAGGUCUUCCCCUCCACCAUCGUGGAGACAAUCACCUCCUUCAUCCCGUGCUCGACUUCCGUGGGCCACCAGGGUGCUAGCACCUGGUACUCUACCUGGUUGACCGCCACCUACAUCCCCCACACCACCGUCUCGACCUGCACCACCGUUUCCACCCUCUACCCCGCCCCUACUGGCACCUCUGGCAACCCCGGCGGCAACAACGGUGGCGUCUGCCCGCCUGCCACCACUGUCACCGUCACUGCUGGCCCGACUGUCACUGCCUUCGUCACUGUGAGCUACGGCCACGACGGCAAGCCCGUUACCGUCACCAACAAGCCCACCGGCAACGCUUCCCAGACCCAGGGCGGCUCCGGCUCCGGCGCGACCUCGUCUGGCAACGCCGUCCCCAACCCCUCCAGCAAGCCGCACUGGGGUGACAACUCGAGCACCUCCAAGCCCAGCUCCCCCACUGGUACCGGCAGCCCCUCCGCCAGCGGUGGCAAGAAGUGGUAG